GCUUGGCAGUGUCCCUGUUAAUAGACCCAAUGAUCUUAUGGGAAAAUUACUUUCUUUGGAGUUGGGGGGAAGAUGGUUACCCGAGCAAGUUGAACAUUUGGCUUCCUAUUGGUUUACCCCAACCAAAAAACUAUGUAGGUAAUCUCUCCAGGGAUGUGACAGAAGUCCUUAUUCUUCAGUUAUUCAGUCAAAUUGGACCAUGUAAAAGCUGUAAAAUGAUAACAGAGCAACCCGAUAGCAGAAGGGUCAACUCUUCUGUUGGAUUUUCUGUUUUGCAGCAUACAAGCAAUGACCCAUAUUGCUUUGUGGAAUUUUAUGAACACAGAGAUGCAGCUGCUGCAUUAGCGGCUAUGAAUGGGAGAAAAAUUUUGGGCAAGGAGGUCAAAGUAAACUGGGCAACAACACCAAGUAGCCAGAAAAAAGAUACCUCUAAUCACUUCCACGUAUUUGUUGGAGAUUUGAGUCCAGAAAUAACAACAGAAGAUAUCAAAUCAGCAUUUGCUCCUUUUGGUAAAAUAUCGGAUGCUCGGGUAGUUAAAGACAUGGCAACUGGAAAAUCGAAAGGCUAUGGUUUUGUAUCAUUUUAUAACAAACUAGAUGCAGAAAAUGCAAUUGUACAUAUGGGAGGUCAGUGGCUGGGAGGUCGUCAAAUCCGAACCAAUUGGGCAACACGUAAACCACCAGCUCCUAAAAGUACACAAGAAAAUAGCACAAAACAGUUGAGAUUUGAAGAUGUGGUAAAUCAGUCAAGUCCAAAAAAUUGUACUGUGUACUGUGGAGGAAUUGCUUCUGGGUUAACAGAUCAGCUCAUGAGACAGACAUUUUCACCGUUUGGACAAAUUAUGGAAAUAAGAGUUUUUCCUGAAAAGGGUUAUUCAUUUGUCAGAUUUUCAACACAUGAAAGCGCAGCCCAUGCCAUUGUUUCAGUAAAUGGUACGACAAUUGAAGGACACGUAGUUAAGUGUUAUUGGGGUAAAGAAUCUCCUGAUAUGACUAAAAACUUCCAACAGGUGGACUACAGUCAGUGGGGCCAGUGGAGCCAGGUGUAUGGAAAUCCACAACAGUAUGGACAAUACAUGGCAAAUGGCUGGCAAGUGCCGUCCUAUGGAAUGUAUGGGCAAGCAUGGAAUCAGCAAGGAUUUGGAGUUGACCAAUCUCCAUCUGCAGCCUGGAUGGGUGGAUUUGGUGCUCAGCCUGCCCAAGGACAAGCUGCCCCUGUAAUACCUAACCAAGCUGGAUAUGGCAUGGCGAGUUACCAAACACAGUGAGCUGGGACUCUUUAAACAAAAGGGUAAUUCAUGAUAGGCUUCAGUUUCCAGUGACACUGAAGACGGGAACGUAGACAUCGGGAAAUGGAAGUAUUUAUUUUUAAAAUGGAAAUGUUUGGAACCUUUAGCACAGCUUUGCUUGGUGAAGGACACACAUGUCUUCUAGUUCUGCCUUUUUAAGUUUUUGUUCAUGAUGGAUAUGAACAUGAUUUUUCUUUGUGUACAAAAACAAAAAAUAAAGUCAAUAAAGACAAUUCUGACUACAAAUUUUGAUAUAGUAGCAGCAGAGAAAUGGGUUAUGAAUUUUGCUUCUUAUAUUACCAUUCCAUUUUUUGUGUGUUCUGUCUUCACUGUUUUAUAUCACUGUUCUAAAAGGAAAAAUUGGGGAUAUGAAAAUACAGCGAAUCACUUAAAAGUU